UAAGAAAUCCCAAAUCUGAACGAGUCCCUCUUUAUUUCAUCUUCUUGCUUCUCUCAACAACAUCUACUCCCUUCCUCCGCCCUCUGUUCCCUGCACUCAAUCACGCAAUCUCUUCUCUUGCAUCGAUUGACGAUUCUUCGGCAAACCGGUGGAUGCGUACGUGCUUCCUAUGAUCAUCGUGACAGGUCUUAUCACCUUCGUGGAGGAACGAGAACCAAUUAAAGACUGAGUUAGAGAGUGGAUUCCUAUUCCAAUUCAUUCCAAUCCCAAUUUCCCAUUCCAAAAGAUCCUCUCCCAAUCGCUAGAAUCUUCCUGAUAGGAUCUCCAUAGUGGGCAUUUACCACUAGUGUAUUUGGAUUAGAUGGAGUCGCCUUUGUUCUUAAAUUCUGAAACUAAUUUUGAUAGAUCCCGAGAGUCCAGAAGGAAGAAGAAGAAACUCGCGAGCCCAAGGCAGACCCAAAACCAAAACCAAAACCAAAACCAGUUGAGAUGGAAAUCUCCAGCUGAACAACAGAAUUACUCUUCAAAGCUCAUCGAAGCCCUGCGUCAAGUUCGUCGCAAUCGAAAUCCUUCAGCUUCACCUGAAGCAGAACCUUCUCCUGCGGAAUCUAUCCCACGCGGAGGUCGUGCUGUGCGUGAAGCAGCCGACAGGGCCUUAGCCAUAGCGGCCAAGGGACGAACGAGGUGGAGCAGAGCAAUCCUGAAAAGCCGUCUUAAGUUGAAAUUCAAGAAGAGGAGGAUACAAAGGGUGGCGGCGGUUGCCGGCGACUGCCUAUCGAAGCGACGAGGAUUCUGUGUCGUUGGAUUGAACUUGAAAGAGAAGAAGAGAAUGACAGGGGCUCAGGUGCAACGGAAAGUUCGUGUUCUGGGACGGUUGGUUCCUGGCUGCCGGAAACUUCCAUUGCCGAACCUAUUGGAGGAAGCCUCGGAUUAUGUAGCAGCGUUGGAGAUGCAGGUCAGAGCCAUGACCGCUCUCACCAACCUUCUCUCCGUCUCUGCUGCCGGUCCUUCGCCCGUCGAUCGGUGCGGCUCGACUCGACCGCCGACACAGAGCUGAUUGGUCGUUCCCUACCAACUCCCUGCCCUGUCCCUUUUUUUUUUUUUAUUUCCUUACUUAAUUACCACUUUGAAUUUUAUAUUCUUGUAUUUUAAUUUUGUAUACAUGGCUUUUUUCUCUUUCUUCUUUGGGUUUCGGCCUCCAUAAUUGGGACCAUUACCCUCUCAUAACCCCUUUCUCACACCUCUUUUGAAUUAAAUAUUCUUAUUCUGUGCA